AUGGACCCUGAGUUCUUAAAAACAAUUACCAUCAGCAAUGAAUUCCGCUCUGUUCCAGGCAUAGGGGAGGCGAGUCUGCAGGUUGGGCAAACUUUCCCAGACAAGGACUCGGCUGACCAAGCAAUCAAGAGGUAUGCGUUGGCCAUAUCUCGGCAACACAGAGUGAAGCAGUCUGAUCAAAGGCAGCUGAAAGUCAUAUGCGUCAAAUUGAAUGAGGGUUGCGGGGGGAGAGUUAUCGCUCGGGUGAGCCCUGGGGUAUGUCAGCCAUGGCAUAUCUCAAAAAUAGAACCCCAUAGCUGCGAGCAAUUGGGGGCUCUUGACAACCACCGCAACAUCACUGCAAAAUAUGUAUCACAUAUCAUGCAAGUGGCGGUGGAAGAAGAUAUAACCCUUGGUACAAAGAAGCUGCAAAAAACCGCGGAAGAUCUGAUUGGCUUCCCGGUCAGCUUUAGUAAGACAAGGCGGGCGAAGGAGGAGAUUUUCCAGAGAUUGUAUGGCACCUAUGAGGAGGCAUAUGAUCUUGCCCCGAGACUACUCCAUCAUAUAGCAGCAACUAACCAGGGGACUCAAGUGGUCAGGAGAGUUCGUCAACACCCUUUGGAGAAAAACCAAGAAAUCCUUGAUCGUUUAUUCUGGGCAUUCCCCCAGACUAUACGUGCAUUCCAUCACUGCCACCCGGUGCUGUCAAUAGAUGGUACCUUUCUCACAGGAAAGUACAAGGGCACACUCUUGGUGGCGAUCGCAGCUGAUGCAAAUAAUCAGCUCUUGCCUAUUGCCUAUGCACUUAUCGAGGCUGAAUGCUGA